ACACAAUCGACAGUGUCGUCGUGAAGCGGGCAGGCUUUCCAGCAUGUCCGACGAGGAAUCGAAAUGGGUUGCUCCACCUAGUGUCACCGAGGAAUCAAGCGAUUCAGAGUUCAGUUAUGACUCGUCGUUACCUUCAGAGGGUGCCCAAGCUGCACUCUCUCAGCCUCGGCCAUCACCGUUUACUCGUGUUGCAUCGUACGAUGCGUACGCUGCGGCAAAGGAGGCAUUGGAUGAUCAUAACGGGUUCGUGUAUACUUUCGAAUCGCGCUACGAGACUACAACGUUGUUAGUGCGGGUUUUCCUUUGCCGGUCUCACCAGAUGUGUGGACAUCGACUCAAGAUCGGAGCGGUCGACAUCGGAAAUUCUGUCAUCCAAUUUCAUCUGGAGGAAGGGGGUAGACACACCCUUGUUGUUAGACGAGCAAGACGACGAGGUAUUCACAUCUCACUACGCGAAGAUGUCGACAGUCUACUAAAAAUGGGAUGGGGGGCUCCAAGACUGCGGACACUACUUCAGCAUCGCUACAUCGACCACCCGAGAAUGUCGACAAACAUUCCAACGGUGAGGCAGAUCGAGAAUCGUAGAGCGUAUCUGGUACGAUCAUGCAAUGCUACUUGGGAAAUCACGAACCACGUCACGUUUAACGCAUGGGCGUCAGACUGGAUGUGCACAACCAGGGAAGACUUCAUGUCAGUGACAGAUGAUGGGGAUGCUGAAAUGGACUCUAGAAUUAUACUCGACUCAUUUGUCAUUGGUGGUGGUUCUGAAGGUGAUCCUACUUCGUUUGGAAUCAUUGUCUCUUCGCGGCGUGUGUUUCGGAAUGUCUUGGCUUCUGUUCGGGGUCAGCCAGGGGAGCUCAGAUGUGCUACAGAUGGGACUUACAAACUUCACUUCGCUGGAUGGGUGAUAGUCGAUUGUGGCUCGGAGCAUGUGGCGUGGUCUCGAGGAUCGUUUGCUCACAAGUUCGUACCAUGGGCAUACAUGUUUGUUCGGUCGGAGUCGAAGGAAGCCUACACACGACUUUUUUGCGUCAUUCGUGAGCGUGCGAGGACAUUCUUUGACAUCGACGUGGACGUGGCUUCGUUCGCCAGACAAGGCAAAAGAAAAGUUUGCUCGAGGACCCUGAGAUGUACGAAAGUAUGAUCAAACCGCAAGUUCGUCUUCUUCGCUCGGCUCGCUCGCAUUCUCAAUUUGUGAAAAUGAGUGAAAAAUCGUGACAGAUUACUGGAUUGAAAAUGGUGAAGCAGAGUAUGCUCGCUGGUUUCGCCUCGUGUAUCUCGUGCGGAGGUGGGAGAGAUGGCAUGUAAACGGAUCCGGCAUAGGUGGUCUUGUUCCGAGCCAACAAGGAAUUGAAUCUCACCAUGCUGUGAUAAAAAAAACUUGUGCUCCUUCAACUCGGGCGUCUACCUCAGGAUUAGUCGACGGUAUUCUUCCAAGGAUAUUGCGAUAUGAAGCUCGUCGAGCACCCGGAAGACCACGAGUUCGCCGAUCAGCAUUGCAUACAGAAGAAUCGGAAGAUGGAUACUUUUCGAUUACAAGGCUUUUGCCGCUCUUCCUUAAGCGAUCUGGCCAGCCUCUCGAUUGAAAGAUCGUUGAUGAUUUUACUGUGUCAGUGGAUGGAGUAGAAGAAACCAGCAACUUUGUUGGGCAAGUUGUCGGAGUGCGGCUUUCUAGAGGAGUGUUUGUUUGGUCGGCCAGGUUUGACGACGGUUCCAUCAGGGACUAUGAGGCAGAACCGCUUGCUCAAGCAGUGGUGAAAGCUCACGGGCUCGGUGUGACCGGGUAAUGAGGUUCGUUGCAUGCAGAAAAGGUAAAAACCUUGAGCGAGUUAGUGUUAGAUAUCACAUUUAUAUUGACAGUGUUGUUCUGCUCAAGAAGAAAAAGUGAGAGCAAAAACAAGAAAAAAACAAUACAAAAAAGCUCUCCGAAACGUGAGGUCUGCCCCUUGUUCAUUAUAAUAAUCUCUGGAUAUCUAGUGAGAAUUACUAAGUUACAGCUCGAUCUCAUUCGUAGUUUUAAAAUGUAUAUAGGACAAACGAAACAUAGAGUUGAAGUUUGGGCGUAUCUUUUUUCAAAUCUUCGUGGAUGAUUACUAAAUCUUGUUAGAUUCUGUGUUUUUUUUAAUUCAAAC